ACCAGGAGCCGGGUCAGGCCUCACCCCGGCCGCGUGACCCGCUCCGGCCGCCAGUCAUGUGCUCGGCCAAGAUGGCGGCGCUCAGCGCAGCGGUGCUGGGGGUGCUCCUGUCCUAUGCGGCUGCCGCCGUCCCCCUCGUUGUGUGGCACGGGAUGGGGGACACCUGCUGCAAUCCGCUGAGCAUGGGCUACGUUAAAAAGAUGGUGGAGAGUAAAAUCCCAGGGAUUUAUGUUGUGUCUCUCAGGAUUGGAAGCAACCUCAUACAGGAUAUGGAGAACAGCUUCUUUAUGAAUGCGAACGACCAGGUGAAAGAGGUGUGCAGCCAGCUGGCCAAGGACCCUCACCUGAAAGGAGGCUACAAUGCCAUGGGCUUCUCCCAGGGAGGCCAGUUCCUGCGGGCGGUGGCCCAGAGGUGUCCUUCUCCUCCCAUGCUCAAUCUGAUCUCCAUUGGGGGACAGCACCAAGGUGUCUAUGGCUUUCCACGCUGUCCUGGGGAGAGCUCCCAUAUCUGUGACUGGAUCCGAAAGACGCUGGAUCUAGGAGCCUACACACAAACUGUGCAGGAGCACUUGGUACAGGCAGAGUAUUGGCAUGAUCCACUGAAGGAGGAUGACUACAGGAAACACAGCAUCUUCUUGGCUGACAUAAACCAGGAGAGGGGUAUCAAUGAGACGUACAGGAAAAACCUGAUGGCUCUGAAGAAGUUUGUGAUGGUGAAGUUCCUCAAUGACACCAUGGUCGACCCCCCAAUCUCCGAGUGGUUUGGGUUUUACCGAAGUGGCCAAGCCAAGGAGACCAUCCCACUGAAGGAGACGUCGCUGUACACAGAGGAUCGCCUGGGGCUGCAGGAGAUGGACAAAGCAGGGAAGUUGGUGUUCCUGGGGGUGGAGGGGGAUCACCUCCACUUCUCUCAAGAGUGGUUCUACGCCUCCAUCCUCCCCUUCCUCCAGUGAAGCAAAGGGCAGGGCCCUGGGAGGGCUCCACCACUGUAGUUAAAGCAGCUGCUAUGGGGUAAUGGCACUUUCUGUGUAGAGCCUGUAAGGAUCUGGGCAAGGGGAGGAAGAGCCCUUAGCUCUUCCUAGGAGACCAGGAUUACUCAGGGUGGAAUUGCACUUCACCUUGGUGCACUGAGCCCUGCCUUGGCUCUGAAGCACUGUCUGCUCCAGAGUCUUCCUCUCCCCCUGCCUGUUCUCUCAGGCCACAAUGGCAGUAUUAACUGAAUGCACUAGUGCAAGAACUGAGCAUCUCGGCAGGAUCACGUAGACCUGUGGCUGUCUGCAGAGGAAAGACCUCAGAGCCCAUCCUUCAGGACGGGGGCAGGGGGAAAGGGGCAAGUUUGGGUGUUUCUGGGGGUGAAUGAAGUGGGUAUUAACAGCUUGAAGUUUGCAACUAAUGGCACUUUUGUACAGCAAUCAGAACCAAUAAAAACCUUAACCAACUAAAACCAGGUGAGAUUCAGCAAGUACUGGGUGAUGCUGGGGGGGGGUCAGGAAACUCUGUACCUGUCUAUGGGGAAAGCACACAGAGCACGUUGGGCAGCUCAUCCUGUGUGCCCCCAAAGAGCAGACAAGAGCCACUGUAAUGAGCAAGUUGGCAUUAACUUUAUUCUAUCUUCUGUAUAAUCUUAAGUACAUAAGAAAGGUUUUUCCCACAAGCCUCAGGAGAAGACGAGUACAAGUCACAGGACAGUCUCAAAAUAAAAAAAUUGCAUAUU